AUGACGACGACCAACAGAAAGGCGCGGACGGCCUUUGUCACCGGCGCGACGGGCUUCCUUGGGCGGCACCUCGUCGAGUCGCUCCAGCGCAAUGGCUGGCGCAUCGUUGCCAUGCACCGACCGGGCUCCAACGUCAAAGUGCUAUUGGAUCUCGGCGUUCAGUGCGUUGUCGCCGACCUCCAAGACCCCGCUUCGAUCGCAGCGAUAUUGCCGAACGAGGUCGACGCCGUCUUCCACGUCGCUGCCAACACGACGUUGUGGCGCGCCAGGCAUGCUGAGCAGUGGCGCGACAACGUCGUUGGUACCAAGGCCAUGUGCGAAGCUGCCUUGCAGCAGCAUGCCAAGCGCUUCGUCUUUGUAAGCUCCGUCGCCGCGUACGGCUACCGCGGCGAUACAAUCAACGAAGCAACACCGCAGGAAGGAAACAUUGCGCCCAUCAACUAUUCGCGGUCCAAGGCCGCGGCCGAGGUCGAAGUGCGGGCGGCGAUCGCGCAGGGGCUUGCCGCCGUCAUCAUCAACCCGGCGCACAUCCUCGGGGCGCACGACCCAAGCAACUGGGCGCGCAUCUUCAAAAUGGUGGCGCGUGACGAGCUGACGGGUAUCCCGCCCGGCACGGGCUCCUUCUGCUACGCACCGUAUGUGGCCGACGCGAUAGUGGCGGCAGCCGACCGAGGCCAAGUCGGCCACAACUACCUUCUCAAAGGUCCCGAUGCGUCGUUUUUGGAGCUGAUCCAGGUAGCAGCGACGCAACUGGGCAAGGUUGAGACGCGCCAGCCGCUCCCGGCCUUUGUGCUGCGUUUAGUCGGCCGCGUGAACGAAGCGGUGGCGUACUUUACGGGCCGGGAGCCCGACAUCACGUACGAGGGCGCGCUCUUGGUGUGCUUGCACGCGCACAUCGAGACGACCAAAGCGGACGACGAGCUCGGGUACAAGCAAAUGCCGUUGGCCGAGAGCGUCGCCAAGACGAUCGCGUGGCUGCGUGAGACCAACCAGUGCUAA